UAGAGAGACUUCCAACCGACUCCCCUGACAGGAGCUACUCGCUAAGAUGGCGGCCUCUGAAGCGAGCCGGCCUGUGGAUCAGGACUCGGCGCUCGGCCAGGAGGCCGUUUCCUCUGGGGCUCUUUGGCGCCUACAGCAGCCGGGCGAGACCUUGCCCCUUGGGAAGCAAACGGGGAGGCCCGUCUCCGGGAUGCCCGUGAGCCGCCGUAUCGCUGGGGCUGCGGCAUCGCCUCAAGGGCGGGAAGCCUCUUCUCCAGUAGCCCAGGAAGACGGCCUCACGGCUUCUCAUCCCGACUUUCCGGCUCGGGGCUUCAGCUCGGCGACUUCCGCCUCGACUUCGGCGGCCCCGCCGGUGUUCAGUAUCCCGCACGACGCGGCGCAGCGGCUGCAGAAGGUGCCCCCUGCCCCCGCCAGGCUCCUGCCGCCCAAGCUGUUGGAAACCGUCUGUGUUCAAGUACAGCUAGAACAGAAAAAAGAGAAAGAAAGGUCAUUGCUAUCUCUUGCAGCAAUUCAAUCAAAAAAUAUAACCACUAAUCAGCCACUUGAGAAGAAUUCCAGGAUUGUACCACUCAGUGUUACUAACCCACAUAUUGUUACAGUGCCUGGACCACAGCAAUUUUUGUUAUAUAAAUCUUCUGAACCUACCCUUCAGCUGCUUCUGCAGAGCCCUCUACAUCCUCUUGGACAAGUUUCCUCAGGCAAGAUAACACAUGAACUACUCAAUGGACAGAAGAACAUAUCUGUUACAAUAUCUGCCUCAGAUUAUCCAAAUAUUACUCUCGCCCCAUUUUGUUCAGCAAAUUCACUUACAAACCAUGAGAAGAAGUACAAAUAUCAUAGAGUUAAAAAAUCUCUAAAGGUCAAAACUCGUUCUGGGCGGAUUUCAAGGCCUCCCAAAUAUAAAGCUAAGGAUUACAAAUUCAUUAAAACUAAAGACUUGGCUGACUGUCACCAGUCUGAUUCUGAUGACUAUGCUGAGCUAAGUCUAGAAGAUGAUGAAGGAGGAGGCAAGGAGAAGGAAGUGUGCUCGUUAUUUGGUCCCUUGAACUAUGACCUGAAGCCAAAAUUGUUUAAAUGUCAAAGCUGUGAAAAAUCUUACAUAGGAAAAGGAGGAUUAGCACGGCAUUAUAAACUUAAUCCAGCUCAUAGGCAGGAAGAAUAUUCACAAUCUUCUCCUAUAAAUAGACAGUUACUGGAGUGUACUGGGCAGACAAGUUGUGAAAGUAUGCAUCAGAUGCUUUCACCACCACUAAUUACUGCCCCUUUAAUAAAUAAAAUUGGAUCAGCUGUAGACUUGAAAAAUAAUCUUCCUAUAGAGAAUGAGCAACAGUCUUCUACAUCUACAGAAGAUGGAAAGUUAAUAGAAGAUCAAAACACUGAUUUAUUGUAUUUGGAUCCUGGAAGACCCCGACAACCAAGAAGGUGUGGCCGACCAAAGACAGUUGAAAGAUCAAGGUAUUCUGGAAGAUAUAGCAGACGCAGUCAGUUCUCUUCAAAGUGUCUUAAUAGUAUGUCGGCAGAGCACCACAGUAUAUUUAGAAGGAAAGCUAGGCUAAAAGAGCUGAUUCAGCAAUGUGCCAAUGAAGAUUUUAUGGAGCUGGCUCUUCCACGCUUUACAACACUUGUUACUGUAUCUGAAUUCCUGUUGAUGAAGGUAGAAAAAAAUUGUCCAGCAAAAGCACUCUUUCCAGAAGUAUACCGGGAAUUUGAAGAGCUGCACACUAUAGUAAAGAAAAUGUGCCAAGACUAUUUGAGUACUCCUGAAUUAAACAACCCUCUGGCAAUAAAAAACCCAAAGGUGGCUGAAUCUCUAGGAAUUAUAGGCGGUGAUCUUGAAAUGCAAAUGGUUCAAACAAUAGACUCUUCACCCGAGUGUACUAAAAUUGCUGAUGCGCGUGUAUGUACAGAGAUUUUGGGACAGAAACGAGCAACUGAGGGUUCAGAUGAAACGUUGCCAUUUGCAAAAAAGAUCAGAGCUGAAAAUUUGUUACAAAGUGUGACUAUCAGUUCAAGUCAUGGUGAAAUAAAGGAAAGAAGUCCUGCAUAUGAAGGUUUCCCCCCAGAACAGAACUGCGGAGCAAACAUUUGCACUGGAAAUACAUUACAGCAAAAGGAGCGCCACAAAUCACUUGAACUAGAAGCUUCAAAUGAGAUUGCAGAUACAGAUCAGUUCCUGCAAGGGAAGGCUGAGAUCUUACAACCUGCAAGCGUAUCAGGGUUGGAGUGUUCAGGCUACCUAUUCUCACAGAGUGAAAGGUUGCCACUUGCCAGUUCAGAAAGUUCACAAGAAAAGAUGGUAGCAGCGUACACAGGUUGUAAUGCAGCAAGCAGACUAAGUGUGUUUGAGAUUUGUAACUCCACAGCAUCAAAAAAAAGCUAAUCAAAAUCCUUCCUUGUCAGUGCAUGAAGAAAGCAAUCAUAAUGAAAAAUAUCAAGAAUCUCAGGAAGAAGUGAGGAUUUUGUCAUUAAUAGAUCGUGAACAUCCUAGGGUAUCUGAUUAAGCAAAAUCUUCCCAGAUUAGUAACCUGGCAGUAGCUAAUCCAUUUGGGUCUCAAUGAGAUAGCGUUUCUAUAUGAGCUUUGAAAACUCAUUGACAAUCGAUUAAAAAGAUGACUGGAUGAGCUCGAAACUCUUCUCUAGGGAAAUGAAAUAGUUCAGGCUUUGCCUCAUCCUGGUGCUGCUGUCUUUUUCCACCAGUGUUGUAACCAAAUUGAUGAUCCUGCUAUGCACUAACACAUUCAAGUUCUUUGGAAAGUACAGAGGCUCUUUUAAACAACAUUGUUCACACAGGGAACUUGCUCAGAGUAAAGCCAUUAUAAAAAUAUAUGGGUUUUUUUAAUAAAAAAAAAUCUUGAAAUGUGUAUUUUUGUUAACAAAUCUAAUUUUCUGCUGCUUGUGACCUUUGUGCAAUUACAACUAACAUGACUGAAGAGUAACUAGAAUUCUAUGUAAACUGCACUGUUUACCAAACUGAUCCAUUUUUUGGACACAACUUAUUACCAAAAUUACACUGCUUUUUGACUUAAACAGUAAGAUCAGGAACCAGCUCAUUGGUAAUAACCUUUUAAUAAAAUUGAUAAUCUGUGCAAAAAAAAAGGUAAUGACAUUCAAUGCUGGACAUUAAACUGUAAUUGAUGGUUUAUCUAGUUCAAAUUAAAGGUACUACAUAUACUAUCCUUGACACCUUGGGUGUGUCAGGUCAUUUUGAUGUUUUGAACACAGGAGCUGCUCUAAAGCUGCUAAGCAUAGAGGGAUUGUAUUGCAGUCAGUUACGAAGUGAAAGCUUCAAUCUGGUAAGUAGGUCACUGUUAUAUUUGGAUAUUUAUUAUCUGGAAGAGUGGGCCUCCAUGUCCCCAAGAUUAAUCCAAUCCCCCAACAUACAGACUUCAGUGAUAGACAGAUUUAGAUAAUUUCCCAGAGUAGCAGCAGUUCUAAAAAGCAUAUGCCUCUAGGCACAACCUGAGCAGAAAUGGUAAUGUAGCAUUUGCCUAAUGUUAACAAUUUUCUGUUGACUCUUUAAAGUAGAAAUGCAAAAAGGGCCUAAUAGCCAUUGGUGCCUGGAAAAAAAUGGCCCAGGCAGCUAGGAUGCUGAGAAUGGCAGGAGGCUGUUAGUGCUUUGCCUCUUGUAUGUGUUUCCUGAAAUCCCCAGUGCUUUCUGUGCUGUCAUGGCCUAGCAACAGAGGCAAGGAUGGGCCUUUAUGGGAUUUACACAUCGGCCUUGUAAUCCAAGGCUAGAGCCAGGCAGUGUAGUUUGGGUGCUCCCCCUUAUUCAUGUGUUAACUUUUCUCAUAGCCCUGGUGAAAGAUCCAGCUACAGUCAUAUUUAGAUUAUAAAUGAGAGUGCGCUGAUGCACUCAGGUACUGCUAGCGGGUUUUACCCAGGCAUAUAGUUGGCCAUUGAGAACAGUAUGCUUGACUAGAUAGACCAUUGGCCUAAUCCAGCAGGCUCCUCUUACACUCAUGGUGUGAAAGUUCAGACUUUAAAACAAAAGAAAAAGGAGUUCAACUGGAUAUUGAAAUAUGUGAAAGCAGAUUUUUAGAGACCCUAAAGUUAAUCAAGCUCUGUUUUAGAAUUGUUUUGAUUCUAUUAUUUUACAAAAAUGUAUAUAAAUCUGGCUGGUACUAAAACCUCUAAGUGGUUUUGUUUGUUGUAAUCCCAAUAUGGGACCUGCUAGGUAGAUAUCCCGGUAAUCUUAGAAAAUAAAACAGACUUUAUUAAAAAGUUGGAACUAUAGAAAAAUAAACACAAUGCAAUUUAUAUAAUGUAUUAGCAGUGCAGUUCAAGGCAAAUGCAACUUUAUAAAGUGGUAGGAAAGGUUAGACCAGCCUGUGUCCUGUUUCCAAUAGCAUGCUUUCUAGUAAUACUUGGCUGGUAUUCUCAAUGUAGGGCUGGUAUAACCAUGAUGACAAGUAGGCCAUCAGGAGAUCUUGGUCAGCGGUAUGUGCAAUCUCUUGCACAAUAGUUUGCUUGAGUUUUAGUUCCUUCGAGUACAUGUUCAAGAGCUUUCCAGAAACUUCAUCUGAAACAGAAAAAUUAAAUCAAAAAGUAGCUCUGGAAAUAUCUAGGCAUUCCGAAUAUGGCUUAGAACAGCAAAUGAAGCGAAUAAUGUGCACUAACUUUGUCCCCACCCUCCUCACAAUUAGAUGCUGUGUUUCCUAGCAACUGUCUGCAGCGAGAAAACAUCCUGUAGCCCUGUGCACUUUGAAAGCCUGAAUUUUCUUUUUUCAGGGUUUCAAAAUGCAUAGAUGCAGCCAUGAUUCCAGGAGCCUUCCCUGCUGCAGACAGUUUGCUAGGGAACAUAUGGCGAACGGGGUACAGCUACCACCCCCUCCAAGUGCAUACUCUCGUAUGUACUGACGAAGCCAUAAUUCAGAAUGCCUGAGUAGUGCUCUAAUUUUCCUUCAUACCGGUAUUACAAAUGCUGAACAUACUACAUUGCUAGCUAGAUUGCUGGCCUAUAGUUUUUAAGCUUUAGAAUUAGUUAACUCAUCUUCCAUCCCUCAAGUUCCAUAUUUCUCCUGUUGCAUAAUU